AUGGCGAAGGGAGUCAAGUCAGCGGUACCAGCAACGCCGGUCAAGUCGAGUGGAACGCGCAACGAGGCUUCGGUGCGCUCCGGGAGCUCGUUCUCUACCCCAGCGACGGAUCGGAUGGAGUCGAUCGACGAGCGUUCAGCGAGAUGCGACACGGCGAUUGAUUCCUCGGACGCCAAAGAAGAUGACGAAGAUGAUGACUGGGAUGUCAGGACUGUGAUGUCCGAGACUUCGGAGGCCGCGGUUGUGUCGGCCGGCCGCAGUGAAGGAUCGAGGUCGAUCGCCCGCGACCUCUCCGAAAUGUUCAACGACAUGCCGGGCCCCGAGCCCGCCUGCGACGCGGAUGACGGUGCGACCGAGGGUUUCAAAGCCUCGGUGACGAUUCUCCCGACGGAGGCUGCACUCGCGAGCUGGACGCCAACCACCGCCGCCAAGGCUCUUACCAAGUGGAGGAAGAAGUUACGUGAGGCCUUUGGGGUGGCAGACCGAGGCUCAACGAAGCUUCGUUCGGCCCCGGGAGCGGUUGACCCCUCCAAGGUCCCGCUACCAGCGACCCCUCGGAAGGCAGCCACGGAUGACGGAGUCUUCGCAGUCAAGGGCGAGGCUCCGCCUUACAUGCAAGACUCGCACAUGGUAACCCCACUAUCUACGGACCGUAGUGAACGUCUGGCUAGGGAGACCGAGGUUUCGUACGCAACGCCUGGCACGCGCGGGGCAACCGGUCGCCGGUCCAGCCGCCGUUACGACCUCCGAGAUGACUCGUCGGACAGUGACGAUGAUCUCGGGUCCGACUGUUACGAGGGCGACCUGCCAAGCGAAUGGGCCCGUCAGGUACGCGAACUGAGCGCGACUGACAAUCAGAGCUCAACCCCGAAGCUCGAGAUUACCACGCAUCUACCUAUCGGCAACAUCAAGUCGUUCUACGGUGUGCGCAACAAGAGCGAACACUCCAUGCAGUGGCUUCCUCAGAGAUGGGGCAUUGUAUUGGUGCCGCCAGCUUCCACGCAAGACGAGACGCACGUGGAAACUGCUCAUGUAUGUGACUACCUCAACCGGCUCAACGGCUACGCUCGCAACGCCGGGGUGCGGUUUGAGCACGGGGAUCGUGACGCGAAGGACCACGUCGAACACUUCUUAGUUACGCGUGACGACCGAAACUUAGAAGACCGUCUGUGCCACGUUCGGGUCAAGAGCAUUCAUGACCUCGAAGACAUGAUCAACGACAUUCUGCGUCACCGUGACCGAAAGUCGACCCGCGAAUCAUCGUUCCGCCGCUCCCGCAGUCAAGAUGACAGUCGCCGUCGCGACGCGCGGUCGAACGAGGAUUCUCGAAGUGGUUAUUGCUGUGUACGACGUUACCGUGGCAACGACCGCCUCACCAAUCGUCGUGAUGACGACCACCGCCGUGACCGAUGUGACGGGUCACCGAACCGGUCGAGGGUUACUUUGGUCGACGCCCUUCCCGAUGGGAUGGCAGAAUGGAACAUCGGAGGCUCGGUCGGUGCACGCAACGAGGCUCCAUACGCCCCCCGACGUGAUGCUGAGGCGAACGCGGAUUACUUCGAGGAUGAGCGCCAGUACUCGGACGACCAACGCUCGGACGAGGAUUCAGACGCCGAUUACGACUCGGACGAGUCUACUCGGCAUGUCGCUGCCACUAACGACUCUGAGCGCAGGGCCGCAGCCGAUGGAACGUUCGCCUGGUCUGACAACCGACGCUACAGGAACGGAGGAGGCCCGUCCAACCGCAAACGAGAUAACCGUCGCCAGUUUGGGCUGUAUGCCGUGUGCGGAAGCCCGGCCCACUCCGUGCACUUCUGCUACCGGCGGCGCAAACUGUGCAAACAGGUGCACGACGCUGGAAAGUGCGAAGCGCUCCACGAGCUCACCAAGCUCCUGAAGUCCAAGGUCGACAAGAAGGAUCUGUCGCCAGAGCUGCAAAGCCUGUUAGCUGAGCCUGCUGUUGAUGCGGACUAUCUGUUCGCGUUCACGGGCGAAAGCAAACGGCCUGACGACCGGAAGAACAAUGAACGUGUGAAACUGACGGGAAAUGGAGAGAACCGAGACGCAAGUCUCGUUGAGAUUGGUAUUGAUGAAGAUGAUGAUGACGAACGUGAUGGACACCCGACCGAGGCUUUGAUCACAAGUCUAGCCCAGAUCAGGGGGCCACCUCGGAGCCUCGUUCGGGCGGUGCAAUUACUGCCCGGUGAGAGACUGGGGUGGUGGUCGUCCCAGCGAUACGACAAGAGGAAGCGAAUGAGAGCUUUGGUCAAUGGCGCCGUGGACGACGCGCGAACAAGGCUACUCCUUGAUACUGGAGCGAAUGUUAGCGUGAUUUCUGCCAGCUUCGCCAAGCGGCUAAGUGUACGGGAAGUCCGGGACAACGGACGAAGUCUCGAAGUCCGCGGCAUCAACACGGGGGUGAUGGAGACCCGGCGACGGGCGCUCGUCAAGAUCACCCUCGGGCGGGAGCAGGUCUACGAAUUUGAAAGGUGGAUAAUGGAUCACAGUGCCGGGGUCAUGGUACCACUGCUAAAGUCGCAGAGUGUUGGGGAUGACGAACCUUACGGCACGCAGCCUUCGUGUGGGCCGACCGAGGAUUUAUACGCCCCCGGUCGCGAGUGGCGAGAGUUUCGACUGCCGCGCCAGCGGCUACCUCGUUCGGAGUACGAUGUGUGGGUACGGCGCACGGGAAAGCUUGUGCCGACCUGUGCCAAGCACGACUCCGUGGUGCUCUGGGUACCGCAUGGUGAACUACCGCGAGAGACCGGCUACGCGAGGUUAGACUCUAACAAGUACAAGGAGUGGCAGGUGCUGGCAUACUCAACGAGCCGUGACGAGACUCUGUAUGGAAGGGAGCGAUGUCUCUAUGACCAAUGGCUGGCCAAACAGCCACCCGCGGUUGGGCGCAGGACUUACUCGACGCCGCAGAAGAUCUUACGGAGACCGCUCGACGCUACAAUAUGGCCGAGAGGUCAUCUUCAAGGUCGUCCUAACGACGAUUAUUCUUCGCUCGGUAUAUCGGAUCAUGCCAACGACCCCAGGGUCUCCCAAGGCUCGGUCAAGGUUACUGAGCCUGGUGCAGACGACACAGAACGUGAUGGUAUAACCAACAACGGUUCGGACGACGAGGCGAGUGCACGGACCGACUCCGACGCACUGGAAGGGUCGUCGCUUGACCGAGCGGCCUAUGCAUCCAAGCGCACCGAUCAUAACGCCUAUAGCAUCAAACAUGGGGCACAGGAAGCCCCGGUCGAGGUGUCAGGAGCCGGAGACAAGCGUGAUGAUGGUGUUGGAGAGCUGAACGACGAUUCGGGAGAAGACCAUGACGCGACAGAUGUAACAGCAGCGGUGGAAUCCGUCCCGCGGAUGGCCGGAACAGCGACGGAUACGCAAGCACGCCCUGAACCAGAUCAAACGUCGGUCGCGUGGGGCAACGCCACUAUCGACUGGGGCGAACAUGAUCCUGGACCGAACGACAUUUUAACUGAAGCAGGAACCGCCACGACCGAGGUUAGUACCGAUGGAGAAAAUUGUGUCGAUGACCCGGACAAAGAGGACCCUGAAAGACUAUUGGAGGCGAAUUACACCUCGGUCGUACAUGCGAUGGUUGCGGAAGGGUUCCCGGAGGAUGAUGACACCGCGAACGAGAUUAAUCGCAGCGACAACGCGCAGGAGUCUCUACCGACCUCUCGACUGAAGCCUACCACUCGGAUUUGGCCCUACAUGGAACGAGUGGCAUGUCGGAAUGCCUCGGUCAACACCCCAGCAGAUGAAACGAACAAGGAUGAAGCUCAAGGAAGGAUGACCGAGGAUUCGAGUGCCGAUAUUAACGUGGAAGAAGGUCGCGCCUGUGCGCCGGACCUCGACUUGCGACGAUGUAUGGAUUUGAUGAUGAAGUGGAGAUACGAGUGGAUCUGGGACCGCUACGCCCGACAACUACGUUUCGUUCAAGGCGGUGGUGCCUGA